AUGGCCGCGAGCCCCACCCUUUUUACGACGCCGCCGUUGGGACGGGGAGCCGGUGCGAUGUCCGACGGUGGCGAGGCGACGGACGGGGACGGGGAGGAUGCCGCCGGCGGCGGAGACGGCGGCGAGAGCGCGUCUGCCGGCGUGGGAGAGGGAGUCGCCGGCGCCGGAGGCGGCGUAGCGGGUGACGUCAGAGCCGGAGACGGAGCGCCCCUCGGCGGCGACGGCGCAGUAGACGGCGAUCUGACUACUGGUGACGGCACCGGAGCUAUGGAAGGGGACUGGGCGACGGCGGAGCCGAGUAGCACUGCCGCUGCCACCAUCAGAAGAGAGAAAGCAUUUGAUGAAACCGCCAUUAGAAGAGAGAAAGGAUUAGAGAGAGAGAGAGGGAUUUUUUUCUGGGUUGAACUCCGGUGGGUGAGAGCACAGGAAAAUAGGUGUGAGGGUUUGAUUUAUAGGGGGGUGGGUGAUAUUCUGGGAUCAUGUGGGCCGUUAGAUGGAGAUUUGCCUAGAGAGCAUAUCUUUUGGCGUGGUUCUAAUCAACGGCGGGGAUUGAAAGGGAAAAAAAGGUAA